AUGUUCUUGUGUUGUGUGUCCGCAGACAAGCUAAGGCGGGGCCAGCAGGAGGCGCACUCGUUCCUGUCCCGCUCUCUGCUCUACAACAGCUGGGACUUCGAGAUCGUGACGAAGGACAAUCUGGAGCGAGAAUGUUACGAGGAAAUCUGCAGCUACGAAGAGGCGCGAGAGUACUUUGAAGACUCAGUCUCCACGGACGUGUUCUGGAAGGAAUACUCACAAGGAUACGCCCCUAAAGUGGACGUGUCGGGGCUGGUGGCGGGGAUCCUGGCUCUGGUCGUGUGCGCGGUCUUUGCUGCAGUCCUGGGCGUCUACUGCUACAAGGCCCGCCACAAGUCCAGACCGCACCAAGCUGUGGUGCGGAUGGCGGGAGACGGCCGAGCGGGGGCAGAGAUGGUGCCUCUGGCCGGGGGCGCGGUGCCCGAUUUACCGAGCUACAACGAGGCUCUGACCAGGAGCGGGCAGCACGACGCCCCCCCUCCCCCCUACUCUGGGGGGGCGCCCUCAGAGCUGGAGCAGGCCGCAGGCGCAGAGGGGGACAGCUAG